GUUUUAGAUCAGUGGGUCCAUUCAAAGAGGGCGGAGCUAGUUGUGCGCAUGCGCCGCUUCGACGAGCAGGGGGGUAAAUGUCCGCCAAUAACUGUCCGUGUUUGAACAAACCGGAAAGAGAACGCUGUGUUCAGUCUGUUCUCGGCCGCCUCGGACCGUCCUCUUCACCCAUGUUUGUGCGGUGGCUGCUGCCGGUGCUCCUGGCUCUGUCCACAGAGGCCAACUUCUUCCAAUUCGGAACCAUUUCCAAUGUUUCUACUUACUAUUUUAAUUACAUCUAUUGCAAUAUAUGGGAGGGCGAGUGCCAGCCCAACCAGGACGAUGCAACACAGCAGGCAGUUCCUACCAGGGACCUUUGGGCGGGUUUUUCUCACGACUACAGCACCCUGCUCCAUCAGUGGUACUGUAGCCUGGGCCAGUGCUGUGAUUCUGGAGACUGCAGGAUAACCAACAACAUCACAGGUCUGGAGAGGGACCUCAAGACCAAGCUCCACGGGCAGCACCUGGUCCAGUCUGUGGCUCUGAAAGCCAUCCAGGGUUUCAUCAACAACCCGGAGUCCAACAAGCCACUGACACUCUCCUUCCACGGCUGGUCUGGCACCGGCAAGAACUUUGUGGCCCGGAUCAUCGCCGACAACCUUUACCGCGACGGGGUGAAGAGCGAGUGUGUCAGGCUCUUCAUCGCCCCGUUCCACUUCCCACACGCCAGGCUGGUGGACACAUACAAGGGCCAGCUGAGGGAGGCGAUCCGCGACGUGGUGCUGCGCUGCCCUCAGACUCUCUUCAUCUUCGACGAGGCUGAGAAGCUUCACCCGGGCCUCAUUGAUGCCAUCAAACCCUACAUGGAUCACUAUGACAACGUCGACGGGGUCAGCUACCGCAGAGCCAUCUUCCUCUUCCUCAGUAAUAUCGGCGGAGCCACGAUCAAUGACGUAGCACUGGACUUCUGGCACUCUGGUCAAAAUCGAGAGGACAUCGGCAUGGAAGACCUGGAGCAUCGGCUGCGGGCUGAAACCAUGGAGUCUCACGGUGGGUUCGCUCAGAGUGAACUGAUGUCCGGCCACCUGAUCGACUUCUUCGUGCCGUUCCUGCCUCUGGAGUACCGCCACGUCAAGCUGUGUGCGCUGGACGCCUACACAGCGCGAGGCCUGGAGACAGAUGAAGCUACGCUGGAUGAGGUUGCCAAGGCGAUGCUGUAUGUCCCCAAAGAGGAGAGACUGUUCUCGGCUCAGGGAUGCAAGUCCAUCCCUCAGCGGAUCAACUUCUUUCUCCCUUAGAAGGAGGGAGCAACAGACAGAGAUGUGUGAUUGAUUUACCGACCCAUGUACGUACAGAGCCACAGAGAUGUGUCCUCGCUGCUCGGCCCCACGUACUCCCCCACACCCCCCUCACACCUCCCCCCCCCCCCCCCCCCCCAGAUACCAACACGUGUCUGUCCAGGUCCCUCAGAGAAGGCCAGAAAGCAGGACUGAUCCUGUAUAAGAGGCCAAAGCAGCUCGACUCAUCCUGCAGACAUGAGUAGUGCCACACGGAUCAUGUGCAGUUCGGCUGCUCUUCUUCACCUGCCUGGUUUGAAUCCUCACUGUAUAAAAACGCAGUAUUACACAGCACUAGUGGUUUUGCAGUGUCGUGGAGGUUGACUGAUACAUUUUUGUCUCGCUAUUUAUGUCUGUUCACCUUAUCAAAUGUCUUGUUUUUACUGUUUUCUAAGUUUAGGUUCAUACUUUGUGUGCCGAUUUUGGUCGUAAGACAUAGUGCUAAAUUUGCACGGAUUAUUUAUUGAUAUCAGAUACUGUCUCCAAAAAAUGUUGUGUAGCGUGUUGAAUGGACAUUUGAUGGGAGCCUGUGGUAUACGUAAAUACGUAUUGUGGCUGUGUAAUGGCGAACGUACAUAGCACUGUGAUGCGAAUUUGACUGAAAAUGUGAGAACACGCCUCAAAAGAAAUGAUUGAAAGAUUAGUUGUUUUCGUAAAUGCUUUUAAUAUUUUUGCAAUAGUUACUGUUGUGUCACAUGUCUUGGUGUCAAAUUUAAUUCUUUUUGGUCAUACAUUAUUCUUGUUGACUUACUUUAAUGCUUUCACAUAUUCUCACAGGGGUCUGAGGUUGUCUGCCUUGGUGCUUUUUAGUGCCAAAGCUCAGGGUCAAGAACAUGAAAAGAAAUGUCAGAAAUGGGAUUUUAUGAAAAUAAACACAGUUAACUGACAACGGUUUCUUUAACAAAUUAUUUGAUAAAUAAAUCCAAGCAGUUGUGAA